AUGGCGGCGGCGGCGGGCCAUGGCGGGAGGGACCUGCGCCGUGCGCCGCUCGAGGCCCGGGCCAGGCUGAGGCGGCCUCGCGCGGGCGGCGGCGGCGGCGGCGGCGGCGGGGCGGGGCGGCGCAGACUGACGCACGCGGGCCGGCGGAGGGCGGAAGAGGCGGUGCCGCGGCCUGCGGGGCCCGCGCCCGGCGCGGAUCCCGGCCGCGCGGCGGACAGCGGCCGGCGAGCAGGGGCCGUGCGGCCAGCCCGAGGGAGGGGGCGCCCUGGAGGCCUCGGGGCCGCGGCCGCGGGAGACCCCAUCCUCGUCCGCGGGUCCCGUCACCCUGAGGAGACCCCAGGCCGUCCUUGGGAGUUCUCACCCCGAGGAGACCCUGUCCCCAUUCGCGGGUCCCGUCACUCCGAGGAGACAUCGUCCCCGGGUCCCGUCACCCCGACGAGACCCGUCCGGUCCCCGGGAGCAGUCACCCCGAGGCGGAACCAGCGCUGUGGCCGGCGCCCGCGGCGGGAAAGGGGGCAGGCUGGUGAGAACUUGGAGGUCGGGGUGAGCGAGGAGCAGCAGGUGGCUGUGUCCGCGGUGGAGCGGGGAACCGGGUCGCUGCGCUCCUGCGUGUGCUCAGAGAUACCUCCCGUUGCCAUGGCACCCAACCCUGUGCAGACCCUUCAGGAGAAGGCAGUGUGCGCCAUCUGCCUUGAUUACUUCAUGGACCCCAUGUCCAUCGGCUGCGGGCCCAACUUCUGCCGAGUGUGUGUAACCCAGUUGUGGGAAGGGGAGGAUGAGGAGGACAGGGACGAAUUAGACCCGGAGGAGGAGGAGAAGGACAGAGAAGAGGAGGAGGUGGAGGCUGUGGGGGCUGUGGGGGCCGGUGGGGGGGGUCCCACCCCCAUGAGGGAUGAAGACUGUGAGGGCAACAUGGAGGAGGAGGUCGAAGAGGAAGAGGAGGGUGUGUUCUGGACCAGUGGCAUGGGCGGGUCCAACUGGGACAACAUGGACUAUGUGUGGGAGGAGGAGGGCGAGGAGGAAGAUUUGGACUGCUGCUCCGGCGACAUGGAGGAGGACCUGAGAGGGGAGGAUGAGGAGGACGAGCAGGGAGUGCUGGAGGAGGACGAGGAAGAGGAGCUAGACCCCGUCACCCCACUGCCCCCGCCUCCAGCCCCUCGGAGGUGCUUCACCUGCCCCCAGUGCCGAAAGAGCUUUCCCAGGCGGAGCUUCCACCCCGACCUGCAGCUGGCCAACAUGGUCCAGGUGAUUCGACAGAUGCACCCAACUCCUGGUCGAGGGAGCCGUGGGAACGAGCAGGGCAUUUGUCCCAAACACCAGGAAGCCCUGAAGCUCUUCUGCGAGGUGGAUGAAGAGGCCACCUGUGUGGUUUGCCAAGAAUCCAGGAGCCACAAACAGCCCAGUAUGGUGCCAUUGGAGGAGGUGGUGCAGGAAUACAAAUCACUGCUGGAGCACCGGGCGGUCAGGGGCUCGGCUGUGCAGCCCACGGGACACAGCCCCCUGGGACAGAGCGGGCCACGCGGGGCCCAGGACUCACGGAGGGACAAUCAGCAGGACACGUGA